AUGACAGGUACGGAAAUUACACCACAUCCGUACUACACCACACUGUCAUUUCUCGGUUUACACCACACCAGACACAGAAGUAAACAAACCCACGUGCUUGGUUGGACCUGCACAGCGUGCGUACGUGUAUUACGUUUGGUAGCAGCAACGAUGGAGCUUUUUACGAUUAACCGAUACGAUGAAACCAAACUGAAUGAGGCGGAUGAAAAAACUCAAGAAGAACUGAUCCUCCAGAAGCUGCGGGACCGUAAAGAAAAGAAAGCGCUACAGAGAAAGUCAAAAAUUGCAGCCGAAAUCGAAGAAUCCGUUCUACAAUCGUUGCAAGAAAACACGCAGCAACAGCAAGAAAAUACGCAGCUUGCUCAUCCAUCUGACGAAGUAAUCGAUGAUGCCGGUAUUCCAAACGUAGCUACAUCUAGCGAACCAUUGGAGGAACACGGAGAAGGUGGCAAGACGCAAACGGAUGCCAAACAAGAUGCAAGUGAGAAUGAUGAAGAAAAUCAAAGCCACUCUCAAACAGACAGUGCUGGAAAGCAAAUCGCUACAAGUGAGAAUGAUGAAGAAAAUCAAAGCCAGUCCCAAGCAGACAGUGGUGGAAAGCAAUUCGGUGACUUCACUGUGUUGGGUGGUGAUAAACUACACCGACUGAAACAAACGGAUGAAGUGCUGCCACCAUGGUUAUCGCAUCCCACGAUCAUUGAACGUAAUCUUUCAUCCAAAGGCCCGUCGGUAAAGAAACUAACCUAUCUGGAUGAAGUGAUCAAACGUAACUUAAAGCGCAUGGGUUACAAACGACUAUUUCCAGUGCAGGAAACGGUUAUUCCGUGGAUACUGGAAGCGCAUCGGACACCUGCACCAUUCUGGCCCCGCGAUGUGUGUAUCUCUUCACCGACUGGUAGCGGGAAGACGCUUGCAUUUGUUGUGCCGGUUGUGCAGCUCCUACUGCACCGCGUUGCUCCUGCCGUGCGUGCACUGGUAAUUCUUCCCGUCCAGGAACUUGCCCAACAGGUGUUUCAGGUGUUUCAAAAGUUGUGCGAAGGCACCAACAUUCGACCCGUGAGCCUGUCGAGAGGAACGCAACUGGUAACCGAGCAAAACAAGCUCGUGAAGUAUUGUAAUGGAGAGUACGUAUCGAAGGUGGACAUAGUGGUGACUACGGCAGGUCGGCUGAUAGAACAUUUGCAUUCCACCAAAGGUUUUACCCUGCGGCACCUUCGGUUUUUGAUUGUGGACGAGGCGGACAAGGUGAUGUACCAAAUCCAAAACGAUUGGCUGUACCAUCUGAACAAGCACGUCAAACAGGAAUCGGAUGAAUAUUUGUUGGGUCGUACCAGCGAGCUGUUGUCUCAAACCGAGUUAUUUGAUCGGGCUCGACAACCCCAUAAGCUGCUAUUUUCUGCCACCUUCAAGCGGGACGCAGAAAAGCUGAAAACCCUCAAGCUGUUCCAUCCGAAGCUGUUUACGGCCGUGAUUGAUCCGAAGGAAAGAACGGAAAUGGCGCAACAGACAGCUUCGGAGCAGCUAGAACCACGGCGUGGCAACUUUAUCGGGCAGUACACGACACCGCUCGAGCUGAAGGAGUUUGUUUGCAUGACGCAACAACACAAUAAACCAUUGACCCUGUACUCCAUUAUUCGUGAGAAGGGAUAUAGAAGGUUUUUGGUGUUUACAAAUGGAAUCAACAACUCGCACCGACUUUCGUUUGUGCUGCAACGACUCUUCGGCACGGAAAUGGUUAUCGAGGAAUGGUCCUCGUCCCUUAGUCCGGCAACAAGAAAAAGUGUGCUGAGUCGUUUCAGCAUGGGCACAGUGAAUGGGAUCAUUUGUACGGAUGCGCUGGCUCGUGGUAUCGAUAUCGAGAGCAUUGAGGUGGUCAUUUCGUAUGAUAUGCCCAACCAUGUAGAAAAGUACAUUCACCGUAUUGGAAGAACUGCGCGUGCCGGUUGCCGUGGUACAGCCAUUACUCUGCUGGCGGAGAACGAAAGGAAAAAGUUUAAUACACUGUUGAAAGAAGCCAACAAAACAGAGCCGGACACGAUGGAGAUGGAUCCAUCCGUAGAGGAGGAGCAUGCUGCAAAGUAUGCCAUCGCACUCAAGGAUUUACGCGAAGCACUUGCGCUGGAGACAGACGUGAUCAAUAAAAUACGCAACGGAAUGUCCAUUAGCUACAUGACGAGAGUCAACCUGCUCACCAAACUCAAGGAUCAAGUCGAUAUUACCUACUCGACAGAAAUCAUCAAAUCACUUAAAUAUCUGCCCAAAAGUUGGACAAAUGAAGCGAUUGAGAUGAAAGCGAUGGAAAGAAAAAAACGCAAACAAGAGAAUCCAAUUGACGAUAUUGACGUCGAUAGCAAACGGGCCAAAACGAACGAAGAGACAAUGGUAAACGGAAUGGCCAAAACAACUGGGAAAACGCAUAAACUGCUCAACGGUACUGCAGCUGGAUCGGCAGACACGAACCAAUCAUCCGCCACAAUCGGAACACCGAAAGAGAAAUCUAAGGACAUGAAGCUAAAUGGAAAAGGCAAGCGAAAGAAUCGAAAAGUCAACGGAAAGGCUAAAGCAACAGCGGAAAAGCGUAAAUUAAUCAACGGCACUGCAUCUGGAUCGGCAGACACGAACCAAUCUUCCGCCACAAUCGGAACACCGGAAGAGAAAUCGAAAGACAUGAAACUAAAUGGGAAAGGUAAACGACAGAAACAAAAAGCGCCAUCCGAUGAAUCGGCAGUUAAAUUAUCGCUCAAUGGUGAUACCGCAGCGAGAACCGAAACUGAGGAAGAGCAAAAGCGUCAGCGUUUUCGUAUUAAACGAAAAAUUGGUGCUGAUAAAAAGGGUAAGAAGAAUCGUUGGAGGAACAAUCCUGCGAAAUCCGGCCCAGCUAAAGAAAGGAGGUCGAAGACGAGCAAGACGAAGGAGUAAUGUGCGAAUUAUAUUGUGAGACAAUAAAGUUUAAUGUAUUUCCUUAAGCAUAAGCAA